UCCAGCGUGAGGAACCGGCGCCGGCGGCCUGACCUCUGUGGGAGCGACUGGUGGGCGGACGCCCGCCUUUGCCUGCGUCGCUGCCUCCGCGCGGGCCGCCACCACCGGGGAUGUGAGGGGCGCAGCUCGGCCGGCGGGGCCCGGAGCGGCGCGGAAGCCGGCCGCAGACGCUCCACCUACUUUGGCCUGGACUCAGCCUCCCAGGGCUAAAAAUAUUGCCCAGAGGCUCCUGAGCGGAAUAAGAUCGCGUUAAAUAGGGCACAACGCUGCAGAGGCGACAGAGCUCCUCAGCCCGAGGGCUGGAGGAAGACUCCUGAGCUGCCGCUCCCGCCGCCGCUCAGCCGGCAGCUAGCUGUCUCCCUCCGCCCAGCAGGUGUGUGUGGAGGCCAGUAUGAAGCUGAAAAAGCAGGUGACAGUGUGUGGGGCUGCCAUCUUCUGUGUGGCUGUCUUCUCACUCUACCUCAUGCUGGAUCGAGUGCAGCAUGAUCCCACCCGACACCAGAACGGUGGGAACUUCCCCCGGAGUCAAAUUUCUGUGCUGCAGAACCGCAUUGAACAGCUGGAGCAGCUGUUGGAGGAGAAUCAUGAGAUCAUCAGCCACAUCAAGGACUCUGUGCUGGAGCUGACGGCCAACGUGGAGGGCCCACCUGCCCUGCUGCCGUACUAUAUGUCCAAUGGCUCCUGGGUGGUGCCACCAGAGCCCCGGCCCAGCUUCUUCUCCAUCUCCCCUCAAGACUGCCAAUUUGCUUUGGGGGUCCGGGGCCAGAAGCCAGAGCUGCAGAUGCUGACUGUAUCAGAGGAGUUACCAUUUGACAACGUGGAUGGCGGCGUGUGGAAGCAAGGCUUUGACAUCUCUUAUAGCCCGCACGACUGGGACACCGAAGAACUGCAGGUGUUUGUGGUCCCCCACUCUCACAAUGACCCAGGCUGGCUCAAGACCUUUGACAAGUACUACACAGAGCAGACCCAGCACAUUCUCAACAACAUGGUGUCCAAGCUGCAAGAGGACCCCCGGCGGCGCUUCAUCUGGGCGGAAGUCUCCUUCUUUGCCAAGUGGUGGGACAACAUCAAUGCCCAAAAGAGAGCAGCAGUCCGAAGGCUGGUGGGAAACGGGCAGCUGGAGAUUGCAACAGGAGGCUGGGUAAUGCCGGAUGAGGCCAAUUCCCACUACUUUGCAUUGAUUGACCAGCUCAUUGAGGGACACCAGUGGCUGGAGAAAAACCUCGGUGCAACCCCACGCUCAGGCUGGGCGGUGGACCCCUUUGGAUACAGCCCCACCAUGCCUUACCUGCUGCGCCGUGCCAACCUGACCAGCAUGCUGAUUCAGAGGGUACAUUAUGCUAUCAAGAAGCACUUUGCUGCCACCCACAGCCUGGAGUUCAUGUGGAGGCAGACCUGGGACUCGGACUCCAGCACAGACAUCUUCUGCCACAUGAUGCCUUUCUACAGCUAUGACGUCCCCCAUACAUGUGGCCCGGAUCCCAAGAUCUGCUGCCAGUUUGAUUUCAAGCGUUUGCCCGGGGGGCGCAUCAACUGCCCUUGGAAGGUGCCACCCCGGGCUAUCACAGAGGCAAACGUGGCUGAGAGGGCAGGCCUGCUCCUGGACCAGUACAGGAAGAAGUCCCGGCUCUUCCGAAGCAACGUCCUCCUGGUGCCACUGGGCGAUGACUUCCGAUAUGACAAGCCCCAGGAGUGGGAUGCCCAGUUCUUCAACUACCAGCGGCUCUUCGACUUCCUUAACAGCAAGCCUGAUCUCCACGUGCAGGCCCAGUUUGGCACCCUCUCCGACUAUUUUGACGCCCUAUACAAGAGGACAGGGGUGGAGCCAGGGGCCCAGCCUCCAGGGUUUCCUGUGCUGAGCGGGGAUUUCUUCUCCUACGCGGACCGGGAGGACCAUUACUGGACAGGCUAUUAUACUUCGCGGCCUUUCUACAAGAGCUUGGACCGCGUCCUGGAAGCGCACCUGCGGGGGGCAGAGAUUCUGUACAGCCUGGCUGUAGCUCAUGCCCGGCGCUCUGGACUGGCCAGCCAGUACCCGCUCUCAAACUUCGCCCUUCUGACGGAAGCUCGGCGCACACUGGGGCUCUUCCAGCACCACGACGCCAUCACUGGCACUGCCAAGGAGGCAGUUGUUGUGGACUAUGGGAUCAGGCUUCUGCGCUCCCUUGUCAACCUGAAGCAGGUCAUCAUUAACGCAGCUCACUAUCUGGUGCUGGAGGACAAGAAAAGCUACCACUUUGACCCUGAGUCGCCCUUCCUGCAAAUGGAUGACACCCGCUUAAAUCACGAUGCCCUACCAGAGCGCACAGUGAUCCAGCUGGAUUCCUCACCCAGAUAUGUGGUGCUGUUCAACCCACUGGAGCAGGAGCGGCUCAGUGUGGUGUCCCUUCUGGUCAGCUCACCCCGGGUGCGGGUCCUUACAGAGGAGGGUCAGCCCCUGGCCGUGCAGGUCAGCGCGCAUUGGAGCUCUGCCACUGACAUGGUCCCUGAUGUCUACCAGGUGUCUGUGCCCGUCCGCCUGCCAGCACUGGGCCUGGGCGUGCUGCAGCUGCAGCUGGGUCUGGAUGGGCCCCGCACCCUGCCCUCCUCCGUGCGUGUCUACCUGCAUGGGCGGCAGCUGUCCGUCAGCAGGCACGAGGCGUUCCCUCUACGCGUCAUUGACUCUGGCACCAGCGACUUCGCCCUCAGCAACCGCUAUAUGCAGGUCUGGUUCUCAGGCCUUACCGGGCUCCUCAAGAGCAUCCGAAGGGUGGACGAGGAUCAGGAGCAGCGGGUGGACAUGGAGUUCCUCAUCUAUGGCACCCGCUCGUCCAAAGACAAGAGUGGAGCCUACCUCUUCCUGCCUGAUGGCGAGGCCAAGCCCUACGUCCCCAAGGACCCUCCCGUGCUGCGCAUCACGGAAGGCCCUUUCUUCUCAGAGGUGGUGGCCUACUAUGAGCACGUUCACCAGGUAGUCCGGCUUUAUAACCUGCCAGGGGUGGAGGGGCUAUCUCUGGACGUGUCAUCCCUGGUGGACAUCCGGGACUGCGUCAACAAGGAGCUGGCCCUGCGCCUCCACACAGACAUCGACAGCCAGGGCACCUUCUUCACGGACCUCAAUGGCUUUCAGGUGCAGCCCCGGCGGUAUCGGAAGAAGCUGCCCCUGCAGGCCAACUUCUACCCCAUGCCGGUCAUGGCCUGCCUCCAGGACACACAGAGCCGCCUCACGCUGCACGCUGCCCAGGCCCUGGGCGUCUCCAGCCUCCACGAUGGCCAGCUGGAGGUGAUCUUGGACCGGCGACUAAUGCAGGACGACAACCGGGGCCUGGGCCAAGGGCUCAAGGACAACAAGAAAACCUGCAACCAUUUCCGUCUCCUGUUGGAACGGCGAACCCUGGGCAGGGAGGUCCAAGAUGGCCCCUCUACCAGCUACCCAUCCCUCCUCAGUCACCUGACUUCCAUGUACCUGAACACCCCUGUGCUCGCCCUGCCCGUGGCCAAGAGGCAGCCCCCAGGCCCUGCUCUGUGCUCAUUUCAUCCUCUGGCCUCCUCUCUGCCCUGUGACUUCCACCUGCUCAACCUGCGGACGCUCCAGGCAGAGGAUGAUAGCUUGCCCUCAGCCGAAACUGCGCUCCUCUUACACCGCAAGGGUUUUGACUGUGGCCUCGAGGCCAAGAACUUGGGCUUCAAUUGCACCACAAGCCAAGGCAAGGUGGCCCUGGGGAGCCUCUUCCGUGGCUUGGAUGUGGUUUUCCUACAGCCAACCUCCUUGACAUUGCUGUACCCCCUGGCCUCGCCCUCCAACAGCACUGACAUCUAUUUGGAGCCCAUGGAGAUCGCCACCUUUCGCCUCCGCCUGGGCUAGGGCUUCUUGUGGCCUGAAGAGAAAGUUCAUCCACAGAGACGGCCUUUUCACAUAAGAUCGGGUUGGACAAGCCACCCCGGGUCUCCUGUCCUGAUCUACCUCUCAGAACUGUGACAGACUGGGCUCUGCCCUCAUUUUCUCUUUAUCGUUGCUUCUGUGUUCGGGGGCAACCCACAGCCCAGCGUUGGGUGGAUAGGGCAGGCACCAGUGAGAUGUAGGAGAGAAGGCCCUUGGUCAGAGUGGGUGGUGCCAGCCUCUGCUUUGGGUUGUGCGUGUCCACCUAGUUGGGUGCAGGCUCAAGCACCCAUCCUUUCCCCUGAAUGGGAUGGAGGAGAAGCAGGAGAGCCUGAGUGGGUAAUAGCCCAGCGUCAGGGUCACAGUAGGCAAGAGCUGGCUCUCGGGGAGUCCUGUGGUUGUGUAAGGGCUACGUGUCCUGGUGUGACAAGCAGGAGCAGAGCGCUGCCAGGAGGAGAGGGCUGGGGCCCGCGAGUUAGCAGUGGGGUGGAAGAGUAGCGGGAAUCGCCGCUUUCUCUGACGGCUCCACUCUUAGUGCUCCCUGACCCUCAUGCCCUGGCCAGGCGCUGCAGUGUGGCAGGAAGGACUCGUGAAGACUGUCAUGACUGGAGCUCAUGGGACACUUCAGGUACCAAAACCCCAUCUCAGACUGGGCACUUGGUCUGUGUGUUGAUUUGUGGAAUGGUGGCAGAGGCCACCCUACUUGACUCCUCUGUGGUUCCUGCACUCUGUACACCACUGUCCCGAAGAGCUGCUUUCCAUCAUGGGGGCAUUUGAUCAGGCAUAUUUCCUUUCCCUGGAAAGAAAGUGAAGCCUCCAGCUUGCGGUGGGCAACUCGAGAAAGCUUUUGUCAUCAUUCCUACAGUCAGCCCUGAAGCUUCGCCUUGUUCAUCCUUCGACAGAAGUAUUCACUUCCUGGCGCGGGGACUAGGGAGAUGUACACUAAAUUAGGAGGCACCGUGGCUGCUCAUUAGCCUUCACUGCAGCUUCAAUUAUUAGAAAAAAAUUUAUGAUAGUCUCUAGGGAUGCUGAAACGAUAUUUGGUAAAAUUUAAAAUCUAUCCCUUAUUAAACUCUUAGUAAGUUAAGAUUACAAAGAAACAUCCUAACCUAGAUAAAGGUGUCUCUAUCUUAAACCAACAGUCAGUGGCAUUCUAAAGGGUCAGAUACCACCGGCAUUCCCAGUAAAGUCAGAAAUUAGUCAAGGACAUACUAUUAUUUAGCCGUGUUCUGGCACUACUAAACCCCUGCAGUGUGGCAGAUGAGAGAUGAGGAAGGGUUACAGAACGUCUGACCUGUACAAUCCAACAGGAUCAGCUGAAGACCUUAACAGAGCAAACAAGGCACAUCACGUUUCUAUAAAGAUUCUGGUUCUCUCCAAAUCAGCUCAUAAAUUCAAUGUAUUCCAGUGAGAUUGGGUACUUUUUGGAAUUUAAUGGGUUCUGACGUUCAUUUGGAAGAGUAAAUGUGUGAGAAUACCAAGAGAAUUCUGAAUGACGGUGAGUCCGGGGCAGUGGUGCUCCGGUGGGUAAAAGACACUUGUCCUACGAGAUUUCCCAGGGGACUCUCGACCGACCAUUAGGUCAGUCAGUGUGACCUGGAGUGGGAUCAGACUGCUGGAACCAAAGGGAGAGCCUAGCAUCAGACCCAGGUGUGAGGGGAUUUGGUACAGGACCCAAGGAGUAUUUUAAGUGGGAAAAAGAUGGACUAUUUAAUAAAGAGUACUUUAAGAUAACUGCCUAUCUAUUAAAGUAAGAGUUCUCUACCUCACAGUUUCCACAAAAAUUAGCUCUAGAGAGAAAAAACAAAAAAAUUACAGAAUUACUGAGGAAAAUAUAGGAUAUUUUUAUACCUUUGGUGUGAGAAGGUCUUUUCUAAACAACAUGAAACCUAAAAGAUAUAAUAAGGGAGAAGAUAAACAGAUUUUACCACCAAAAAUAUAUUGAAAGUUUGUAUAUGAUGGAAACCACCAAGGUUAAAACACAAAUGACAGAUUUGGGGGAAAAUAUUUGCAGCACUUCAAAAAUUGGUGAGUACAGUUACUUUAGGAGAAUAGCUUGCUUUGGGCUCCUUGGGGCAAGUCACUGGGGCCUGGUAAGCAGCGACCUAAAGAUUCAGCAGUGGGCAGCUGAGUUCUUCCAGGUCAUCCAAGGGCAUUGCUGCCAGCACCAGGCCAGGGCGCAUGGAAUCCUGUCUAUAUCAUAGUGAAAGAACGAAGAUUAUCAGUGUGAAGUGCUUAGCACAGUGCCUGAUACAUAUAUAAGAGCUCAGUAAAUAUGAACUGUAAUCAUAUUAGUAAAGGAUUCUAAGUGGUUACACUAUAGCAGGCGUUAUUUGCAAGUAUAAUGUAACUUGUAAUCAAAUGAUAAGGGAGAAUCUGUGAACCCCCGAGGAAAUUAGCAGAAUAAAGGCUGUUCUCUCUGGA